AUCUUAUGUAAUUAGAAUGAAUAUCUGCUCAUUUCAAAGGAUUUCGAUGGAGAUGGACGAGAAUCUACGCUUUGGAUUUGUGCCAAUGGGUCGACGACAUUUGCGAUAGCAUGUCAAGAUGAUGUAAACAAAACCACGUGAUAUCAGCAAGCACGCACACAAUGCUAUGACCUUUCAAGGCGAUAGUUGAAGGUUCAGACUAUUUUAGAUGCAUUAUCAGGACGGACUGAAACUGCAAUCUUCACCAAAAUGGCAGCAGAGGCAGUGACAAGAGUCGUACUAAGAUGUGAAAAGGCGCAAGAAGAUAGAAAUUUAGAUCUAUCAAGCUGUCUACUGGAGUCAGUUCCGCAAGCAGUUUACCAUCUCAUGAGGAACACACAAUUAUCAUCCAUUGACCUCUCACAUAAUGCACUCACUAUAAUGUCAAAGAAACUCCCAAUGAAAUUUCCAAGUGUUACAGCUUUAAAUAUUUCAGAUAACAAAGUUGAAAAGAUUCCAGAUGAGAUCAAGGAGAUGACUAUGUUAGAAACACUGAAUGCUUCUCAUAACCAGCUCACUACCUUGCCAGAGACUUUCUAUGAAUUGCCCUCUCUCAGAAUAUUAGAUUUGAGUCACAACGAUAUUACAGAUCUAGAUGCAAGCAAACUGUGCAGAAUGCCUGGUAUCAGUGAAAUCAACCUGGAAGAUAAUCCUAUACCUGGUGAUAUCUGCACAGAACUAUCACAACUUUCUCAAGAAUCUAAUCUUAAAUUAUUAAUAUCAGAACCAACAUCAUCAGAUCACAUGGACUGAAAGCAAACUGGGGGUGGGGUCAAUGCACCCUUUACCCUUCCACCCCCACACAUGCAAACACAUAAUUGAUAUCAGUGGUGCUUCCGGAAGACGAAUUGGGUGUAAGGCAAUAUGUUUGUGCAGUCCAUCCACAUUUAUGUGAUUUGAAGACAUUUUGUUCAUAACUUUUUGGUGAAUUUCUUUUUCAUCAAAUAUAAGUA